AUGUCUUCUCCCACCGACACUGCCCCCAAGACCUCUUUCGAUGGUGAGCGUCGUCGCUCUUCCGGUGGUCUCUUCAACAACCUUCUGUCUCAGAAGCGCAGCCCCGACAACGCUGCCUACUCUGCCCGCCGCGCAAGCAUUGAGGAGCAGGGCCCUGGAAAGGGUAUGCUCGGCAAGAUGUGGGACUCCGCCGUCAGAGGUGUCGGUCCCGAAGCCAAGAAGUAA